CUACAAAACAACUGAAAAACUAAAUAACUGCGAAUCAUUCAUCGGAAAAAAAUAAUUUGAUAAUUAAUUAAUUACUAGUGUCAGUGUCAUCCACCACACUGAGCUCCACACUCCAAUUUUGUUUUUCGAAGUCAUUUGAGCGUGUUUUAAUUUAAAAAAUCAUCGAAAAUGGUUAAGGCAGUAGCAGUACUCAAGAGCGAAACCGUUAACGGAACUGUGUUCUUCUCACAGGAAGGCGAUGGUCCAGUACAAGUAAACGGCGAACUCAAGGGCCUCAAACAAGGCCUGCACGGUUUCCACAUCCACGAGUUCGGCGACAACACCAACGGAUGCAUUUCAGCUGGGGCUCACUUCAACCCCGACCAAAAAGACCACGGAGGUCCUACGGACGAAGAACGUCACGUAGGUGAUCUUGGAAAUGUUACUGCCAACGCGGAAGGCGUAGCCAAAAUCAACAUUUCCGACAAACUAAUUUCUUUGUGUGGCUGCAACAGCAUCAUUGGACGUACCAUUGUAGUUCACGCUGAUCCUGAUGAUUUGGGCAAGGGUGGACACGAUUUGAGCAAGAUGACUGGUAACGCCGGAGGUAGACUGGCUUGUGCCGUUAUCGGGUUGGCUCAACCGAAUUAGGUUUAGUUAAAUUUUUGGUGCUGGCACCCUAAAUUGGAUGUUCAUUUUCUUAUAAAUUAGUCAAUUUGUUUAGGUUUAUCUGUUGUAAUAUUUCAUUCCAAAUGGUGUUUUUAUUUCUUACUACUACCCAAAUGUAAUUGAUUUCUUGUAGCUCAUAUAAAUGAUCUAAAAAUAAAUAUUGUUAUCAUUUAACAACAA